AUGGCCAAAAGAAAGCGGACUUGGACCGAUGCUGCCUCGGAGCCCUUGCCGGAGUCGAGCUCUCAGCCUCCUGCCAGUGAAGUGAAAGAUGCCAGUGUAUUGGAUGUUCUGCCGGGGAUUACCCGAAAGAUCACUGCCUGUGGAGCGUGUAGGAAACAGAAGAUCAAAUGUGACAUGACAAAUGGCCCACCUUGCACGCGAUGUCAUCGACGUGGUCUUUCUUGCGUGCUAAACAAGAGCUUGCAAUCCUUAGUAGAGGAAGUCAAGAACACUGAGCAAUUGCAAAGUGAUAUUCAAGGGAUUCAUGAGGUCCUCGAUAACAUCUGUCAACAUCUCAGUCUCCCACGACCUAGGCCGCUUCUCGCAGUCGAUGAAUCUACCCAGGAAGAGGUCAGGGUUUCCCAAAAUGACGAGCUAGAUGGAGACCAGGAAGAUCUUGAUGGGUGCGAAAUAUCACCUCCAGAUACACCAUCUGCAGUCCAAGCUCCGAUCGAUACAUUCCUAGACAUUGCUAAAUUUGGAAGCCCUGGAUCUUCUGACAAUACUCCGGGGAGCACAACGCGCCAGAAACAAAAUCCAAUGAAUCAAGACCUCAUCGGCAAGGGAAUCAUCACACCGGAAGUGGCAGAGGAACUCGUCGAUCGAUAUUUCACUCGUCUUGAUCCGUAUCUAUACGGGAUCUGCAGUGGCUAUCAAAGUCUCCAGCAAAUCAGAAGCACAUCACCGGUGCUAUUUGCUGCCAUCUGUACGGUUUCAUCCCUCCAGGAUCCCAAUGGCCAGAAGACCUACGAAGCUUGUAAUCGCGAGUUUCGCCGCUUGGUAUCUAGGUCCAUAUUUGAAAAGCAUGACUUGGAAUAUGUCCGAGCUUUGUGUAUAAGUUCUUUCUGGCUUUCUGACGCAUCAAGAAUCUUAGCCAGUGAUGCCAUUAGACGAACAGCCGACAUGCGGCUUCAUCGUGGCUUCGACCAUCUGGCUAAACCAAUAGACCCGCGACUCUUAUCGAUUGAAAAUGCCCCCUCCUCAUCACUUGAGAUAGAUGCGCUCAAGGACCGCGUCAGGUUGUGGUAUCUCAUCUUUAUUACAGAUCAGCACCUUUCAAUUCUUCACAAUCGCGAUCCCCUGCUACGCAGCGACAAAGAGAUUGCUCUUGGCUGGGAGACAUUCCUGGCUCGAGAGGACACGACAGACUCAGACGUCCGAAUAAUUUCUCAAGUAGCUCUUUUGGUGAUAAUGAGCCAAGUUCGCGAUUUACUAGGUUCCGAUCAAGAAUCUCGGGUUCCGCAAUCACUAUCAAAUCAGAUUAUUCACUACUCUCGCCAACUCGAUCGAUGGUUCACCAAAUUCUCGGCAUUGUUCAAGCCCGAUCCUUACAUUGGAGAUUUUCCAAAAUGCGGCCUACAGCUGCAUUACCAUUUUGGUAAACUAUAUCUAGGUCAUCAAGUGUUCAAAGGGCUCAACGGGGAGGUCAUUCCAUCUCACUUCGCCACCGCAGCGGGCAUGGCACAUGAAGCUGCAGUUGCGAUUUUCGAGAUGAUUCUCCACGAGCAUAACCUCCAACACAGUCUCGUCGGAAUGCCACAUUAUUUUCACAUAAUGAUUGCAUUUGCGGGUCACUUUUUGCUGGAAGUUACGAGGAACUAUCACGUCCAGCUGUCAAUCUCGCCCGAUCAAGACUUCGAAUUGAUUCGCAGAGUAUUAGAACUUUUUGAAGCAACGCCUUCCAUCCAACAGCAUCCAAUAAGCCGAAUGACUCCAGGGUUGACACGGAAGUUGCGCGAGUGCGUUGGAAUGCUACAAAGGGAUGGGCAACAGACCAUCUCCACGGUAGCGGUUGGUACCGGUGCGAUCGAUUACCAGACACAAAAUGAUCAUUCUCAGAUGGGUCCUCCAGCAGGGCCGUUCUCUUUUAUAGACGACACCCUAGCUGCACCUGUAGAUGAUUUUUUAUUUGCGGAUUUUGGAGAAUUUACCUUUCCCGGCAUGAUGUCGAAUGGGGCCGGCUGA